AUUGUAUAGCAUUUUUAGUCUAUGCUCUAGUCCAAUAUUUUUGGUAGUGGUGGAUUUAUAAAUUCUUUCCCAAGUAUUUCUCGCUAAAUAUAGGCGGGAACCUAUAGUAUUCUUAUUUAAACGGCAACAAUGAGUGUCGAAGAAGAUGUAAUGAAAAUACAAAAGAAAUUGACUAAAAUGACUUCGGAUGAUGGAACGGGACAAGAAGACGCUUUGGAACUUUUAAAAACACUUCAAACUAUGGCAAUAAACUUAGAUGUUCUAACGAAAACCAGAGUAGGUAUGACAGUAAAUGCUUUGCGCAAAUCCAGUAAGGAUGAAGAGGUAAUAUCUUUAUGCAAAACCCUGAUUAAGAACUGGAAAAAGUUUCUUUCAACCCCCAGUACUCCUUCUAAGGAUAAUGGAAACUCAUCUAAAUCUAAAAAAGAAAGUAAAGAUAAGGACAAGAAAGACGACAAGGAAAAAGAUAAAAAGCUGCCAGCCUCAUUUCCACCACAAUCAAACACAACUGAUGCCAUACGACUGAAGUGUCGAGAGCUUCUCACACAAGCUUUGAAGACCGAUGGGGACAAUCCUAGUGCUUGUGCAUCCCCCGAGGAACUUGCAGAGGAGCUGGAAGAGUGCAUUUAUGCUGAGUUCAAAAAUACUGACAUGAGAUACAAAAACAGAGUUCGUUCUAGAGUAGCAAAUUUAAAAGAUCCUAAAAAUCCCACACUGCGCACUAAUUUUUUAAAUGGUGUUGUGGCAGCUUCACGAUUAGCCAGAAUGACACCAGAGGAAAUGGCCAGCGACGAAAUGAAGAAACUGCGAGAGAAAUUUAUUAAAGAAGCCAUUGAUGAUGCUCAACUUGCUACCGUACAGGGUACUAAAACUGAUAUGCUGAAAUGUGGUAAGUGCAAAAAGAAGAACUGCACUUACAACCAACUUCAGACGAGGAGCUCUGAUGAGCCUAUGACCACAUUUGUUCUCUGUAACGAAUGUGGUAAUCGUUGGAAGUUCUGUUAAGACUGUUGAACAAUCUUUAGCAAAUAUAGUGUGUCUGUUACGAUAAUAAUAUGAUACACAGCAGUAUCAAGUAUAAUUAACUAAAUUCAUACUCAAGUUAUACUUUGUUCUUGCUAGAUUCAUUGCAUUGACCUUACUACUAAGAAUGGAAGCAUGUCGGGUAGAUAAGGUAAUCUUAGUUUUAAUGAAAUAAAUUAUCUGCUUUAAGUGAAAA